GGGGACGCAAGCUGUACGGUGCGAGUGUGGCCCCACCGCCCCCGCCGCCUCAUCAUCAUCCACGAGCGCCGUUGGUUUUCGCGCCUCAAGAUAUGAGGCAAAUAUUGAAGGAGGAACCUGUACCACGUGCUUGGCCGCAGCCCGCGCUCGCCGACAACGGAACAGUUGGCGUGGGCCGAGCGCAUUUCGAGAAACAACCGCCGAGUAAUCUGAGGAAGAGCAAUUUUUUCCAUUUUGUAAUCGCUCUCUACGAUCGACACGGCCAACCGAUCGAGAUCGAGAGGACGUCGUUCAUGGGCUUCGUCGAGAAAGAUCAGGAGUCCGAAGGCCAAAAAACGAACAACGGUAUCCAAUACAGUCUACAUCUACUCUAUUCCAAUGGUGCCAGGCAGGUGCAGGAUAUUUACGUCAGGCUUAUAGACUCCGCGACAAAACAAGCAAUCAUGUACGAGGGACAAGAUAAGAAUCCGGAAAUGUGCCGUGUCCUUUUAACGCAUGAAGUUAUGUGCAGUCGAUGCUGCGAUAAGAAAAGCUGCGGCAACAGGAACGAAACGCCCAGCGAUCCUGUCAUCAUCGAUCGAUUCUUCCUCAAGUUCUUUCUCAAGUGUAACCAAAACUGCCUCAAGAACGCUGGCAAUCCACGCGACAUGAGGCGCUUUCAGGUGGUUAUUUCUACACAAGUGGGAGUAGAGGGUCCAUUACUAGCGGUCUCGGACAACAUGUUCGUUCACAAUAACAGCAAGCAUGGACGCAGGGCGAAACGUUUGGAUCCCAGUGAUCCUGGCGAAUAUAAUAGUUUAUAUCCGCCAAUACCUCUUCAAACGCCGUGCAUAAAAGCGAUAUCGCCUAAUGAAGGUUGGACGUCGGGUGGAUCUACUGUCAUAAUCAUCGGUGAAAAUUUCUUCGAUGGAUUACAAGUAGUUUUCGGAUCGAUGCUAGUGUGGAGCGAGUUUAUCACUGCACAUGCAAUCAAGGUACAGGCACCGGCACGGCAGAUACCCGGCGUCGUUGACGUCACGUUACAUUAUAAAAGCAAACAAUUUUGUAAAGGAGCGCCUGGUAGAUUCGUUUAUGUCUCGGUAAACGAACCAACAAUCGACUACGGCUUCCAAAGGUUACAGAAACUCGUUCCGCGGCAUCCGGGUGACCCCGAGAAACUUCCCAAGGAAAUAGUACUAAAACGGGCGGCGGAUCUAGCAGAAGCCAUUUAUAGUAUGCCUAAGGGCGGAAACAUGGGGAUCACGGGGGCACCCAGAAGUCCCGGUUCGGUACAUGCUCCCGCACCUCCUACAUCAAGUUCGGCAACGGUCUUUAACUCGUAUACAGGGCAGCUCGCGGUGACGGUGCAGGAGAACGGUAGCGCGGCGAAAUGGACAGACGACGGUAGUUCCGUGACGACAGGAGCUGCUGCCGAUGGAGGAGGUGGUGGUGGCGGCGGCGGCGGCGGCGGCGGCAGCGGUGGUGCCAAUGUCGGUAGUAGCACCGACGCCUAUAGACAAAGCAGCAGUGCCAGUCCACGUGGCGUCGUAACUGGCGGCGGUUAUUGCGGUAGUUCGGCCAGCACACCACAUAGUCACAGUACCAAUGGAAGUUACUCUGUCGCCAAUCCGUACACCGGCAGCCCGACUCUUUACACGUCGCGAUUAGGAGAAGUGGUUGGAUCACCUUUCAACAUGAACCCGUUUAUGUUGCCCACAUGCAACCAGGGAUAUUCAGCCGCUGCCAGUCCGUUGCUUUCGUCAAACGGCAAAUAGUGUUACGAGAUGUAAGCUCCGACGAAAAUGUCAUGAACGGCAAUCAUCGCGGAGACAUUGUACGCGAGCUAAUUAAUUAAUACGUGCGACCGCAUCUAGAUAAUUAUUCAGAUAACUUUAUAAACUAUCUGCGUAAUUUUCGCAUCGACGCUCGUAUAUUGUCUUCGCGAAUUCGAAUUAUAUACUUGUGUAUGCAACUUUUAUUCUCUUUUUUUAUUUCUUUUGUGAUAAAAAGAGAAAAAAAGCCGCAUACUCGUUUCCCAUCAUCAUUUUCGUCGGAGUUGAAGUCAACAAGUUUGUAAGAAAUCGUGCAAAUCAGUGCAAAAAUUUGUAACAACUAUCUUGCAUCGAUCAUUAAUGAUCACACUAAUUAAGAAACGAUACAUAUCGAACAACGAGAAGGUGUCUUUUUAUAAAAACCUGGUAAGCUCGGUCAUGCGAUAGCUCUCGAAUAAUUAUUCUUAAGAAAAAUAUCUUCUUUUGUUUUUCAUAACAGUGUUCUAACAAAUUAUAGUUAAUGUUAAAUAUUUAUACAUAAAAUGAAAUUGAUCGAUAUUCGAAAAUAUACUUAAAAUGCAAUUUGUAUAUUUGCGCUCCUGUUUUCCUUUAAUCUUAUAUAUAGUUAUUUGAUUCUAUUGUUCUUGCAGCAAUUCAUUAAUUAUAAUCUUAAUAUAAAAUUAGUUUGGAAAAUAUUAAUGACGAAAGAUAUUUUUUAUUAAUUAUAUCAUUAUUAUUACUAUAUAAUAAUAAUACGCCUGC